AUGUGGCAACCAUUGUGGCUUCUGGCCCAGGCAGCUCAGCCUCUGGAGUGGGCCCUGGACCCUGUCCAGUGGACCUCCAACCCCCCGGGGCUGACCGAGCCUUGGUCCUCACACUCCUCAGACCUCCCUCCCGAAUCGCCCCAUGAGAUUACACCCUCCGCAGAGUCGGGGGGCUUUAAUUACUUGUCCUCCUCUCCAGACCAGAUGCUGGCGCUGCCUCAUCAUGAGUUGACUGAGACUUUGGUUCCACAGCCAGACACGGAUUCAGCUGCAGAGCUGUUCGCAGGGCCAGAUCAGUUCGCUGUUCCACAUCAGGAUCUGAGUGACAAGGUAACCCAGCAGCAAAAGCUCCCAGCAGCAGCUCCAGUGCUGGACUGGGAACAGAAUCAGACCUUGGUUCUGCCUUUUCGAUACAAAAGUAAGACUAAAACCACAGGUCUAGAUCAGGCUGAAGGUCACCAAUCAUUUGAAAUACUUGUUCCUCUUCUAGGUAGUAAGAACUCAAAACCAACGAAGUUUAUUGUUUCACCCCCAAACCUGAAGAAGGAUCUAGUUCAGCAUCGACAGCUUGCUAAAGUUGUUGCUGGAACUACAGGCCAGUUAGAAACUGAAACUCAGGGUCUAGAACAACAGUUGCAGAAUGAUUGUGUAGAUUCCGGUAUGGAUACCAUUUAUCCUGAGGAGAGCCUGCCUACAGAUUUUCUGGGGAACUCAGAGCAACCUCCGGAGCCCCCUGAGGAGGCUGAAAUUUCUGCAUCCCAGCAAGAGGCCCAACUUCGUCAUCCAGAGACCCCUGAGGUGGUUGAAUCUUUUUCACCCCAGGCAGAGGUCCAGGAUGAAACUGCAGAGCCCACUGAAGAGGUAGAACCACCUCCACUCCAGCAGGAGCCUCCGUCUCAGCCUCUAGAGCUCCCUCAGGAGUUUGAACCUUCCCUACUCCAUCAAGAGACCCCAACUCAAGCUCCAGGAUACCCUACCGAGUAUGUGCUUGAAAGUCCAGUCACACUUAAACCUCUGGAUUUGGAACUGACCAUCAUUCCAACGCCUACCACAGAGGCUGAACGUUCCACAGUCCUGCAGCAGAGUGCAGUUCCAGCAGCAUAUCCCGAAGUGACAAUUGCAAGUCCAGAGCAGGUUCAGCUUCCACAUCCAACCUUGACUGAGGUUACAGUUCAACCUUUGGACCUGGAAAUUACGUUCACUCCAGAAUCCAGUGUGGAGGCUGAACCUUCUCCAACCAUGGGGCAGCCCCAAGCUCAGCCUCCAGAGGAAGUUGUAGCUCAGUCUCCAUCGCAUCCCGAGGUGCCGCUUCCAGCACCAGAUCAGGAUCAUGCUAAGUCUCCAACAUCACCCAGGGUCACAGUGAAACCUUUGGACCUGGAACCUACCAUAACUCCAGAGCCUUCCAUGGAGUCUGGAUAUUCUACAGCCCUGCCGCAAACUCCAGCCCCACCUCCCAAACACCCUGAGGUGACGCUUGCACAGCCAACUCUGACUCAAGUCACAGUUACCCCUGUGGACCUGGGAGGUACCACUUCUCAGCAACCAAGUCCAUCUGAGACAGUUCUUUUAUUUUCAACUCAGGAUUCAGUAUCCACAGGUCUUCCUGGUGUAAACUAUACCCCCCAAAAGAAGCAACCAGAACAGAAUGUCACCACGGACAUCAACAUGUGUGAGCUCUGUACCUGCAAAGAUGAGACGCUGUCCUGUGUGGGUCUCAGCCCAAAGCAGAAGCUCCACAGAGUGCCUGAGCCACAGCCCAACACCUACAAGGGCAUCUUCACCACCGUAAAUUUCCAAGGAAACUCUAUGUCUUACAUUGAUGAAAAUGUGUGGAAGGCAUACCGUUGGACUGAGACACUGAUUCUCAGUGAAAAUCAUUUGACUGAAUUACAUAAGGACUCAUCUGAAGGCUUGCUAUCCCUCCAGUAUUUAGAUUUAUCCUGCAAUAAAAUACAGUCUAUUGAAAGACGUACAUUUGAACCGCUACCUUUUUUGCAGUUUAUAAAUCUAGGUUGCAAUUUACUCACAGACCUGAGCUUUGGAAAGUUUCAGGCCUGGCAUGGAAUGCAGUUUUUACAUAAGUUGUAAGUGAAAUAGAAGAUGAAUACAUGUAAAAAAAAUUAUAUGUGAAAACAUCAUACAGUUAUUGGUUAGCUGGGUGUAAGCCCAGUAUGAAUUCUGGAAAGUAUGUCUUGAGAUCCAUUUUUUGUUUUUCAAAUGAGGAAACUAAGAUACAAAGAGGACAAGAGACUUUUCUAACUCAUGUACCUCAAAUGCUCUGCUUUCCAUAGUACUGAACUUUGGCGCGGGCAAUCGAAGGCACCAAGUGAAAACACUCAAAUUAGCAUUGUCAUGGAAUCCCAGUGCUGCUGCUCCAAUAUGCGAAUGGUCCGUGAAAUGCCACGUUUGAAUUUACA